CGUUUGUAGCAUUCAAGCUGAAGAGAGGUGCUUCUGCCUGGUGGGAGCAAACACAGAGCAACCGCAGGAGAGAGGGAAAACAACCUGUCCGAACAUGGCACAAGAUGAAGAAAUUAUUACUGGCUAGAUUUCUUCCACCAGAUGAUGAACAAAUCCCGCAUCACCGGUUCCAAAAUUGCUCGCAGCAGUGUCGGUCUGUUAGUGAGUAUAUUGAUGACUCUGACAGAUUGAAUGAAUGCAAUAAUAUCUUAAAGUCGGUAAGCCAACAAAUAGAGCGAUAUAUUGUAGAAUUGCGGGUAGUGGACCAAAAUCAGAUUAUGAUGCAUAUGGAAGAAAAAUUACCCAAAAUUUCUAAAGCGGAGGGGCAUUCUUUUCUUGCUGGUGGCAAAGCACAAUUGGUUGAGGCAGUGAUGACGAAAUCCAGCGAAAUGGUGGAGCUCGUUGUUGAGAGCAAAAGCCUGAAGGAGAGACACUCGUUCGUUCCCAAUCUGGUACAACCAAUAUCAACAAAAUCUCAAGAAUUGGCUAUGGAAGAAUUGCCGGGUGAUUUGAUACCAAUACGGGAUAGUCAAAAUCACAAAGAUUUGGUUCCUAACGCGAGUGUACUAGAUCUGCAACAUCACUUCAUUAGUCUAGUUGAGAAUGAAGAGUUGCAAAGGAAAAUUGAGGAGUUGGUUCUUAUGCCUCGUUUAGAUGUGAUGGUAGAUAUGGUGGUUGGUUCCAAAAGUUUUCCACAAAGUAAUUGGAGUAACUUUUAUCAGAUUUGUAUUCGACUCGAAGAUAUGUGGAAAACUUCUUUCAAAACGGAGGAGGGACAUGCCUAUGUUGUUGACCUUCUUGAUGGAAUGGCUAUUUCUCCUACCUUAGAUGUUACUGAUUUGUUUAAGAAUCAUCCUUUGGAUGAGCCACUUCAUUUGCGAGUAAACUAAUUCCCAUUUUGAAAUGAAAAUAAGUUGUUCUUGAGUAUGCACUCUCUUAAGCUUGAAUGCUACAAGUGAAACCUGUUUUUCUUCUGGUACGUCAAAAUACUCGAAGAACUGUUCAACUUGAUUCAGCUAGUCCAAGAAAUCCUCAGCAUAAAGAUUUCCAUUAAAACUGAGUAAUCAAGUUUCGUUUGAAAUUCAUGAUUAUCCGGACAUCUACGUUUGUUGCGCCUACAUCGAUCACGUAGGCCCAUCGCAACUCCUUUGACUCCGAAUUCUUUGUCAUUGGAAUAAUCCGCAUAGACUGGAGGCUUACGUGGAUUUACAGGACCAUAACCAAUGCUCGGUUGACCACGAGGAAAAUCUUUGGCACGAACCCAAACAGAAUUACGAACCUGGUUGCCACCACUCUCAAGACUAGCGAUUUGUCUAAAUCGUUGUUCUUGAGUAUGCAUGGCUGCCCAAGGGGCCUGUACUCUGUGAUCUUCAUCAACAAAGUUGUUCUACCGAAAUAAUCAUUUAACAUCAGACCAGGGUAAAUCAAGUCUCUGAUACUAACUGACAUAGCGGAAAGGAGAAAAUAAAUUCUCAAAUGAUAGGAGAGCCGCAACUCAAAAGAGUUAUAAAACGCUUGACUUCUUUUCAUUUCAAAAUGGGAAUUAGUUUCUUCUUCACAUCCACAAAACAUUCACUAAACACACUCCUUAAAGCACUCCACUCAUCACACUUGCAUACUUUAAAUAUUGUACUCCACUGACCACUCACCACACUUAUUACAUUUAUAUACUAUAUCUUUGCACACACACCUAACAUUCCACUCAUUCUACUCACGGUUUGUGGAAUCGUCUAACAUUCCGCUUAUAUUUGUAUUAUAUAAGACACAUAUUUUAGUUUCCACUUCUAUUCAUGCCCCACUGAAGUAUUCCAUGAAUUAUUGUCUUGCAUCAUUACUCCUGGAGCUUCUUCCUGAAGGGAGACACAAGACCUUAUUUGAACUCAGCGAGGAAGACGCAAAGCGGUCUUCCUCGUUGAGUUUCGUAAACAUGGCUUCUUCAUUGUUGGGAUUGUCAAAUGCGUGUUUUUUUCAUGGAAGAUAGGCUCCCAUAGGAGAUUGGACUUCAAAUGUGCUUUCAAGUGCGUUUGAAGGAUGAGUCUGUUGCGCAUGACAAUGUGCAAACAUGGAUGAGCUAAUAGAGUUCGAGGCCAGAGGGGCAGCAAGUGCGAGUGCGAUAACGGCAGCUUGAAAUCAUCAAAAUCUAAUUUCUUUGCCUUUUCCUUUUAGAGAAGGAGCUUCUUUAGAGUGUUUGUUGUGUAUAACUAUUUCGUUAUAUCUUAUUUAUAUGUAUCUUUUUUCUUUUUCUCAAUUUCAUUAUUACAAGUUACAUAUGCAAAUAAUCCACAAAAUGUGUUGAAUGUGAUGUCAACCGUGUGGAGCUGAACUUAGUUAUUGCACAAAUCCAAAGAAUAUAGUUUUAGAUUACUAUAAAUGAAAUAUAGGGUUGAAAGAGAAUUUCUGCUCUGGGAUGGAAGAUUCUAGAUGCCCAAUGGUAUUUGAAAGUGGUAAAUGUUGAACGUUUGAUUAAGGAGAGAAAUUUGGGAUUCAGAAGUUUGAGUGUGCAAAUCUUCAUAAUUGAGUUUGUGGGUGAACCUGUUCUCGAUUUGACAAUUCAUGCUCCAGUCACCACAUUGGCACCCAUACAAGAAAAUUUGUAUAACUCAGGACAGAACGUGCUGUCAAUGGACUACCCCAUUUGGCCAAAGCCAAAUUAUGUGUGGUUUUAGAGCAUAAUGUGUGGACACCCUUCCUUGCAUAAUGUGUGGUUUUAGAGCUUGAUGCCAAAUUGGUGCCUUGGUGAAUUUGGUUAUAUAUGAAGAAGUCAUUUUGAGAUCUAAGCAAGAAAGGAAUUCUAACAACAGCUUCUAGAUUGUUAUUGCACGUGGAAUCAAUCAAUCUGCUUCGUUUAAUCAUGAUAAUUGCACUAGUGAGUUGUGAUGGACUACAUGAUUCAGAAUCAUAUGAGUCAACUGCCACAAAGAAAGCAAAGCUUGGCUUGAUGGUCUUCAAGUCCAGGUGGAGAUUGUUAGACAAUCCGUCUGCAAUUGUGUUUGAUUUUAGAGUUGCUUAUGUGUGAAAGUAUUUAUUGGUUGUUUUACUUGGAUCAUUAAAAAUGUAUCUUUAUUCAACAAGAAACAUGGAUUAGGAUUAUUGAUAGAUUUCUACACUAUUGAUUGGGACUUAUGAUAGUGAUGUUGUAUCAUGAGAUAAACUACUCACGAGAGAGCUGGGUAUGUAAAAUCUCUUAUAUAUGUAAGGAUGUGACUGAGGGAAGAAAGAACAUUGAGGAGUAGGGAGGAAGGAAGUACAGCUUUUGGACUUGAGACAUCAGGGGCGAGCAGAGGUAGAUAUUGCUUCAAGGUUUGGAUUCCCUUUAGUGAAGAAACCUGGUCAUUUCAGGGUUUAACUAUCAGUGUUGGUUUGAUUGUGUGUUCUAUAUCUAUUGUAAUUACUAUACUCUAUGUUGUGAAUUAUUUCUUUUCAUCUGUAAACAUAGGUAGGAUUUCAUCAAACCACGUUGAAUAUUGUUCCUCUUGUUAUUUUUAUCAUUUGUGGUCAAAUAUUGACGUCAACAUGCUUCUUGGCAAGAUAAGUGGUACCAAAACUUGGUACCCAACAUCUGAAGUCCUGAUUAUAGAUGUCUAUUAGGCUAUUACAACCCCAAGAAUUCAAUUUGAUUCCUCCAAUGACAAAGAUAAAUAUUUUUCUUUAUGAAUGUAUGUUGCAAACUGAGAGCUUUUCUUCUUCUGCCUUUUUUUUUUUUUUUUUUUUUUUUGU